AUGUUCGUUACAGGAAUAUUUCUUCUGCUCGUUGAAACAACGUGUGGAUAUAAUAUAGAUAUAAAUUUUCCAAUUGUUUAUUCCCGUGAAGAUGCGCUGAAAAACAACAACGCUUACUUCGGCUACACUGUGCUAUUGCACCGUGAACCGUUUCAGGAUAGAUCAUGUAUUAACAGCGACAAAUGUGAAAAAAUUGUACCUCUUUAUUUGGGUAUAAAACCGUACAUAAACCAGAUCAAAUUGAACAUAUCUAUAAAAAUGCAACACGGUUGGUUUGGAAGCGCAAUGUCUGUGACCAACGAUUCCUUAUUGGUAGUGUGUGCGCCACGAACAAUUGUGACCAUAUUGGAUCCUAUCUGGAAUGAUAAUUUCGACACCAUGCAGGGAGUAUGUUACCUUGGAAAGAUUACUUGGAAUGAACUACUUAUGGACGAUGAUUUUUCGUAUCACGAUUUUAAAUCGCCAUUCUGGUAUAAUCCUUUGCACGGCUUUUCCGUACAGUUCUCUCGAACGAGAAACAAUAAAAACGAGAAGAGUUAUUUGUUGCUCAUGGGAGACCCGAAACGCGAGAAUUACGGUACCGUGGAAAUAAUGACACUAUCCAACACUACCGUACGGUCCAUAGCUGUGGAAUUUCCCUUAAGUGACGAUACAGCUCAGUUUGGUUACAGCGUUGAUUUUGGUUAUUUCUUCAAAAGGGACCAAUUACUUUAUGUCAGUGGUGCACCAGGUUGGCGUUACGUAGGCCUGGUGGGAAUAAUCAAUCUAGAAUCGAAUGUAUCUGUUAUUGCGCAGCUUCAUGGUACCGACAUUGGUGAAUAUUUUGGAGCGAGUUUAGCCGUUGGAGACUUAAAUAACGACGGUUUAGAUGAUCUCUUAGUUGGAGCUCCCUACUGGGGAGAAGACAAUGGCAAAGUUUACGCAUAUUUUGGCACAUCCAAGGGUCAAUUUGAAAUAGCAGUGACUUUGAAAGGGAUCGCAGAUGGCGGACAUUUUGGGUACACCAUAGCUUGCGGUGAUUUGGAUGCCGAUGGAUUCGAUGAUAUAAUUGUGGGAGCGCCUUGGGAAGAAAGUGGUGUGAUUUAUAUAUACAACGGAGAUUCAGAUUUAAAGAAUACGAAUUUACAAGUGUCGCAACGAAUCGAAGGUGCAAAAUUACCACAAUUGAAUUUUCCGUUAAAAAUACAAAGAUUUGGUUUUUCGUUAUCGAAACCAGUCGAUAUUGAUGGAAACGGGUAUCAGGAUAUUGCAGUUGGAGCAUAUAAGUCAGAACACGCUGUAAUACUACGCAGUAAGCCAGUAGUAAAAACGGAACUCGUUAUUCAGACUGUACCUAAUAUUUUGCAAAGAGAUGCUAGACAAUUCCUGAUCCAGAUAUGUCUAAAAUACACUAGCCACAACACGCAAAGUACACAAAAUUUUAAGAUUACAGUCACUAUAGAUGAACGAUACCAACGAACCAUAGAAAAAAUUUUGGAGUUGAAAUCCUUUAACUUAACAUCAAACAAAUGUUUAUCUGUUCCAAUUAAUAUUUCGACGAACAUACGAGAUUUUAUUCAGCCAAUUAGUAUUUUUGCAAAACACGAUUUUAUAUACGAUAACACACCCAGCGAAUUUUGCAAAUUCUGUCCUAUAGAAAGGAGAAACAACAAAUUACAAAUUGCUCAAGCCCUUCUUCCUUUCAAGAUCGAUUGCGGGGAAGACAGAAUCUGUAACUCCUCUAUAUCCGCUACCGCGACAUUUCACAAUGUACGGUAUGGCAAUGUAUGGGUUAUCGGUUCAACUGAUAUAAGUUUAGAAAUUAAUUUAAAAAACCAUGGUGAACCUGCGUAUCUUACUACACUUGAGUUCACGUUUCCUAAGGGAGUAGUAUUACGUAGUAUUUUAACUUCUUGUCAAGAAGACACUUCCAAAGAGAAUCUGCUAAUUAUCUGUGAUAUGGGCAACCUCAUUUUGAAUGGGGAAGAGAAAAAUAUUAAAUUAGAUUUGGAUAUGAGACGCUUGAUAAAUGGUUCAUUAUACGAUCGUGAAUUAGAUUUUUAUGUAGCGAUAAAAACUCACAGUAUAAAUCGUGGAACAACGUAUAUAGUUAAAACGCUUAAUUUAGUAAGCGAGGUUUCCGCAACUUUACACGGUAAAGCAAAAGAGGAAGCUUAUUAUUUUACUGCUUUAGACGAAGGUGCUUCAAAUAUAAGUUUCCAACAUACUUACCAGGUGUAUAAACUUGGUCCAUCACCACUAGAAAAUGCACAGCUCAUUGUCAAAGUGCCAUUUGCUAUUAAAGAUUCAAAAACCUUGGUACACAUAUAUGAAUCUCAGCUGUACACGUCGGGAGAAAUUGUUGAAUGUUCCUCAGAGAACAUUUUGUUAGAUACUCAAUUAGUCAAGGUACAAGGUGAACCAUCCUCAGACCAAUCUAAUAUGACCCUGUUCUCUAAUAUAAAAUUACAAACUGGAGCUCGUGCGAUUGAAAAAAGAAGUUUAGAAAAAUCCGUUCCACUGUUAUAUGAUGGGAAAAAUAAUAAAACUCCACAAUCUCUAAAUGAGAGUUGGUCCAAUAAUAUUAUUUAUAUGAAUUGUUCAACCCCCGAUGUGAAUUGCGCGACCAUCACGUGCGAUUUGAAUGCAUUAAAAACAUUACAAAAUAUUGGAAAGAUGGAAAUUAAGCUUCUUUUAAAUGUUGAUAAAUUUAAAGAUAACUUUAAAAACAAUAAAGCCGUCCUCAAAUUCAGCACAGAAGCGAGCGUAGAAAUAAUAGAACCUGCUGUGAGAAUACAUAUUAACGGAACUCGAUCUAAAAUGGAAAUUGCAACAAUGUUUUACAAUUCUCCAAAAGUAGAAGAGCUGCAGUUAUGGAUUAUUCUUAUCUCUGUAUUAGUAGGAUUAUUGUUCUUGCUCAUUUUUGCCGCAAUUUUAAGCAAAUUGGGUUUCUUUAAACGAAAAAGUAAACAAAAUUUAACAAAUAGAGACUGCAACAAUGUGUCUGAAGUUCCAUCUGCAAUUUACACAAAA